AUGGUGGUGGAUAGGAUAUCUGAGUUUGUGUUCGAUGCUGGUGGUGGCUCGAAAGAGGGGCUGGUUGUUGGAAAGAAGUGUGCUCGUACUCGGGAGAUGUUGGAUGUAAGUGGAUUGGAUUCUGAUGAGCUUCCUCCUUCUUUGCUCCCAAUUUCAAUGAGCUUCAAAGAUAAAGUCUUUGGUGAUUUUAGGAUGGCUGAGGAUAAGUUUGAGAUCAGUGAUGACAAUGUCGUAAUCAAGCAUGGGGCUAUUCCAUCCAUUGAAUUUUCUAAAAGGGUUAAGGAUUGCUUAUACAGGCCUUGGAGGACUAUUGUGAUUAUCAAGCUAAUGGGUCGCUCUCUGUUGUAUGCUUUCUUGCAUGAUCAUUUGCUUCAACGCUGGGAGUUGAAGGGUCCAAUGAGUUUAAUAGAUAUGGAAAACAAUUAUUUCAUUGUUAAAUUUCUUCUUGAGGAAGAUAAGAGGUAUGCUCAUUGGCGGUCCUUGGCAAAUUACUGGGCAAUAUAUUGUGACUCAAAAUUGGAAACCUGGGUUUAA